UCUGCCGUAAAGCGUGAUUUAUUGUCGCAGACUUCCGGCUGCAGAGGUCACAACAAACUACUCAGGAUGGGCGGUGAUCACGGACACGGCAAGAUGUCCAUGCCUGACUGGCGACAGUGGAAAGUGGAGGGAACGCCGCUGGAGAUCAACCAGCAGAGGCUGGCAGCCAGGGGCCUGAAGGACCCGUGGGCACGCAACGAGGCAUGGAGAUUCUCUGGUCGCUUCGCUCGUAAAAUAACUUUUGCAGAUGUGUUGCUGAAAGGAUUUAAAUGGGGCUUUGUUGCUUUUACUGUUGCUCUGGCUGUUGAGUACACCUUUUUUCCUCCAAAGAAAGAGGAACACUAAUAUUUAUCAUCCCACAGCUUCAAAUGUGACAUAAUCCUGUAAUAAUCUGUAUUUUCUCGUUAAUUAAAAGCCUUUUUGAUCACCA